ACACCGUUGAGUCUUCCACGCCACAGGCCCUUUUCCAUUUCUUUUCUUUUUCUUCUCCUUUUCAGUUUUAAUUUAAGCGUUCGAUCUCUCACUCAGAUUCUAGGGAUUUUAAUUUUCUCCAAUUUCUGAAAAUUUCCGGCUUUUCAUUUCAUUUCCAUGGAAUCGAUUUCAUCACCCUAUUGGUGUUACAGAUGCAAUCGCUUUAUACGAGUCCGGAUCCAAUCCCCCCAUGAUUCGGUUCAUUGCCUCCACUGCGGCGGAGGAUUCAUCGAGGAAAUCCAAACGCCCUCUCGAUCUCCCAUCGACCACCGUUUCCCCGUCGCAUCCUUGUACUCCGGCACUCCCAGUCUGAGCCCCAGCCCCACCGCCACUCCUCGUUUCCGUCGAGCUCGACGAAACGCUGGCGAUCGCUCCCCUUUCAAUCCCGUCGUCGUACUCCGUAGACCCUCCUCCGAAACGGACGGCGAACUUCCCGAAAGAGGGAAUACCAGUUUUGAGCUUUAUUAUGAUGAUGGGUCCGGGUCGGGUCUUCGUCAUUUACCCGAUAGCAUGUCGGAAUUUUUAAUGGGUUCGGAUUUUGAUAGGCUUCUUGAUCAGUUAUCCCAGUUACAAGUAAACGAAGUUGGUCGCUUCGAGCAGCCGCCGGCUUCAAAAGCAGCGAUUGAAUCAAUGCCGGUGAUAAGGAUCGUUGGAAGGCACAUCAGGUCGGACUCUCACUGUGCAGUUUGCAAAGAACCUUUCGAACUUGAUUCCGAAGCUCGGGAAAUGCCUUGUAAGCAUAUUUACCAUUCGGACUGUAUUGUACCUUGGCUUUCGAUUCGAAACUCUUGUCCAGUUUGCCGCCAUGAAUUGCCAAUGGAAGAUAACAAUUCAGGGGAAAAUGAGGCUGUGGGAUUAACAAUAUGGAGAUUGCCUGGAGGUGGGUUUGCAGUAGGGAGGCUUACUGGAGGGAGGAGAGCAGCGGAGAGGGAGUUCCCAUUGGUGUUUACAGAGAUGGAUGGCGGGUUUAAUAACGCGGCUGCUCCUAGAAGGAUUUCAUUGGCGCCCAGUGGGAGAAGUUCACAAAUAGAGAGCAGAGGAUUCCGGCGGGUUUUCCGGAGUUUUGUUUCAUUUUUUGGGAGGUUUAGGAGUUCAUCUCGUUCAGGCUCAGAUUCUGGGUUUACAAGGAGAAGUCGAUCGCUUUCGGUGUUUAAUAGAUCUUCUAGAAGGGAUAGCGACUGAGAUUUCGAGGAAUCGAAUGCAGUUUUUGUUGGGUAUUCUGUUUUAGGUUAACCUUCGAUGCUAUAAUGUUGCCGCUUUCCGAGGAAUAGAAUGUUUAUAGAUUGCAUGGUUUUACUUGGAUGUAAAUAACAACACUAUUGGUGAAGCUAUGAGUCGUUAUGUGCACCAUUGAGGAAGAAGAAAGUGGACGAAGGAUAAAGUUUUGUGGUUAGUAAGAUCCUUUAGUGGUUGCUUAAAGCACUGAUCCUUGCUGGCUAAAAGUAUUCAUUAGUAGGUUUUGUGAUGAUAACUUAUGUUCUUGUAUUAUCAGGAAUUUUGUUGUUUAUUUGUUAAUGCAAAUUAUUCAUUGGUUCAUGUCAUUACUUUUGGAUUUACUUGACUGGAAGCCAAUCUACCUGCAACAACUGGUUUUGGGAUUUCGUUUGAAUUGCUUAACCAUGUGACGGAUUCUGUAAACUUUUAGUGUUCUAUCUAUUCAAUUAUUUAUUAUUGAGCAUAAA